AUGGAGAACCAGACAGGGACAGCCAUGGCCAGUGUCACAUCCCAGGGACCCUGUCUAUCCUCACUGACUGUCUCUAGUGCAGGACCCACCCGCUUCCCUCCAGUCUCCUGUCUGUCCAUCCUCCCCCCUCUCUCCCAGGGAGUCUUACCCCUGGCAGUCCCACCACUCUCCCCCCUGAAUGGGUCAUUGUGCUCCAUUAAGGGUCCAGUGGACACUCAGGAGGUCCCGGGCCCGUCCCCUGUCUUCUCAGGAGCCUUACCAGUUCCAAAGACUCCGCCUUCACCCGACCCCCCCCAACCCCCCAACACCCCCAGGAUCAAUGGCAGGGCCGUGGGCACGCCAAGCCCAGUUGAGGCCGUCCGUCACGGUGGUGUUGAGGGGGGGGGCUUGGUCAUUGAGGAGUUGGUGGAAUGGAGGCGGCCUGCGGAAUGGAGCGCCGGUCUCAAGAGGCAGCGGAAGGGCAGAAGUGAUUUCGGCGUCAGUUUGGAGGUGUUGGUAGAGGAGGAUGAGGAAGAGGUGGAGGGACAGGCUACCAGCCCGGCCGGGGCUGUGACGAUGGGAACAUAUGAGGGAAGUGGUGAAGCCAAGCAGAAGGGAAAGUUAAGUCCAGCGGUUCACCUACCUGAUGCCAGGGACAGUGAGCAGGACCUGGCCCCCCACCUGACACCUCUCUGCCCUGGGCCGGCGCCCCCCUCCCCCCUGGCCGGGAGACGGGUGACAGGACGGACCACAACUGGUGCUGCGGGGCAGGACGAUGCAGGGAGCCAGCAGUCAUUGAGCUCGGCCCUUGGGUCCCUUCAAGCGCCGUUGGGACCCCUCGGGAGUCUUGGGCCUCUUCGAGGUCUUGAUGGUCCAGCCAUAAGGGGGUCCCUUGGAAGCUCUGGAGGCCUGGAGCCCCUGAAGAGUUCCCUCGGGGGUCCCCUCUCCAGCCUGGGCUCCAGUCUCCUGGGAGGACGGCAGGAGGAGCGCAUGUCUCUGUCUCUGCCUGGGUUUGAGGAUGACGUCUCAGAGGAAGAUCUGCCGAGUCGCCGCGGUUCAGCCAGACUGCUGCAGAACCUUCACCUGGAUUUGGACGCCUUAGGUGGAGGUCUGCAGUACGAGGACAGUGAAGCUAGUGUAGCAGCCCCACCGGAGGAGAGAACAGAACCAGAGUUGCAGGACCUGGCACUCUCUGGGGAGCACAGCCCUGACCCACCCAGUCAACAGAUCCCUGCGUCUUCUCCCUGUCACCCCUCCUCUUUCUUUUUGUCUGUGAACGCCUCCCCCUCGUCUUCUCUCCGGGUUACCACAAUCCUCCUCCUUCAAACCAAGGACUCCCUUCAUGGACAUCACCUCCACUCCUCUCCGCCGGGCAGCAGAGGGUUCUGCCCCCCUUCCCCAGACCCUCCGUCUGCCAAAGAGAGAGACAGUCAGGAGGAGGAGAGGGACGGGGAGGAUUAUGAGGAGGAGUGGGGAGAGGAAAGAGUGAGUGUGACUGAGGAGCAAGGAGGUGAGGAGGAGAAUCGGAGAGAAGCGAGUGAGAGGUGGUCUGGAGAGGACGAGGAUGUUGAGGAUGAGAUCAGUGAACAGGUAGAAUGGGAUGAUCUGGAGGAAGGGGGUAAGGAGGUAGGAAGUGAUGAAGAGGAAGAGUGGACAAGAAAUGACAGGAAAGGGGUGGAGAAGGAAGGAUGUGAUGAAGUGAUAGAAAAGGAGGUACUGAGGAGGAGGUGUGUAAAAAAUGAAGUAGAAGAAAAUGACAAACUGGAAUUUAAGGAUGAGAAACAGGAAGUAAAAACAGAGGAUUAUGAACGUGAAGUAGAGAAUGGCAAACAGGAAAUAGAAGUAGUAGAUGACAAAAAGGAAGUAGGGAAUUACAGACAGGUGCGGGAAAGUGAUGUACAAGUCGAGAGUGGUGUUAAAAGUAUAGGAAUUAAAAAGAUGAAAGAAACUGGUGAUGAAGGAGCAGAGGCAACAAAGAGGAAAAAAGAGCAAGUAAAAGAAAUAGAGGUGGGGGAGGCGGCAGAAGAUGAUGAGAAUAGUAACAGAGUUGUUGGGAGGAGUUUCAAGGAGGAGGUAGAAGAGGAGUUUGACAAGGGAGAACGUGAGGUGCUGGAGAUUUGUGUGAAAAGUGAAGAGGAGGAAGCAUUGGACAAUGGGGAUGAGGAGGUCGAAGAGGAGGUUGAGGAGGGAGAGAGUGAAGUGGUGGAGAGGUGUGUAAAAAGUGAGGAGGAGGAGGUUGUAGAGUCUGAGGCCAGCGAGCACAUUGAAGUGGCAUCAUCCUCAACAGAUGCUGAUGUCAAGGAAGAAGAGAGGGAGUUGAAAUGGAAUACAGUGCAGGAGGAGGAAGAAGAGAAGGAGAGAACAGAGUCUGAGGAGAGGCGUCUACAAGCUGCAGGCAUGGAGGACCCAGCAGUGGAGGAAAGGCCCCCCAGCCGGCCCGGUGAAUCCCAACAGGACACAGUCUCCUCCCAUUCAGCGCACCGGCCACGUGCCGAGGGGGUCAGCGCCAGCCUGGGCGUCCCGGGGACCCUUGGGGUCAAGCGGCCUGACACCUCCAGAGGUCGAUUGGCCAGGAGCCCCCAUGUCCACCAAGGGGAGGAGUCCCUCAGACACAAGGAGGACAGGAGGACAGAAGAGGAGGAGGAGAAAGAGAGACUGAGGAGGGAGACUGAGAGGGCGAUCGAGGAGCAUAAGGAGCGUGCGCUGAGGGAGAGGCAGGAGAAGAUGCGCCUCCUUCUGGAAGAGCUCAGGAGGCAGGAGGAGGAGGAAGAACGGAGGCUGAAGGAAGAGAGUGAGGAGAAGGUCAGGAGCCUGAGACAGAUGCUCCAGAGUCGGGUUGUGGAGGAGGAGGGCAGGCUGAGGGCGGAGAGUGACAGCAGGUUGCAUCAGCUCAGGGAGACAGCCCAGAGGGAGAGGGAGGACCAGGAACGCACUCUCAGGGAAGAGGGCGAGGUGGGGCUGAAGAAGUUACGUGCCCUCCUGGAGGCGGAGCGAGAGGCGGAGCUAGAGAGACUGGAGGCUCAGAGGAGGCAGGACCUGGACAGGCUUAGGCUAGAGUCAGAGGAGGAGCUACAGGUGGAGAGGCGGAGACUGCUGGGUGAAAGGGAGGAGCAACUCAGCUCCCUGAAACAAGAGGGGAGAAGCAGUGUCAGUGAGAGGUGGAGAGAAAUGAAGAGUCCUCGUAGUUCAGAGCAACAUCUGGCGGAGUACCAGAGAGAGCUGGGAGAAGUGCUUCAGGAAGUGAGGGAGGAAGUGCAGCGUGAACACGCCAAGAAACUGGAGCAGCUCAAAGACGACCACCGCAGAGAACUCAACUCUAUCAGAGAGAAGCAUCUUGACCAGGAGGCCGGUCAAAGGGAGCGGUUGAUGUGUUCUCUACAGGAGGAGAGGGAUCGGGUUCUGGCUGCCCACAGCACCCAGCUGGAGAACCUCCGCAAACAUCUGGAAACCCAACUCAUGAUGAUCCGUCAGACGCACACACGCAGGGAGGCGGAGAUUCAGGAGCUGGGGGACAAGUUGGAGCUGAGAGCCAGAGAACUGGAGAGCCAGGAAGCACAUUUGAAGAAGAGGAGGAAGCAGCUUGGAGAUGAAGAGGAGGAGCUGGACAGAGGAAUAGAGGCUCUGUCUCGAGUGAUGCAGGAGCGAGACAGGCUGAGGGAGGAUUUGGAGCAGGUAAAAGAAGAGAGGGAUAGAGCAAAAGAGGAGAUGGAGAGAGUGAGAGAGGAGAGGAACAAUGCCAGAGAGGAGAUGGAGAGGGCAAGGAAGGACAGGGAUAAAGUGAAGGAGGAGAGUCGGAGGGUGAAGGAGGAGCGGGACCGGCUGGAGAGCAAGGUGGAGCUGCUACAGGAGCGCUGUGAUCGCCUAACUCGCAGGGUCAGUGAUCUGGAGCAGAAGGAGAUGAGGAAACCUCCUACCAGACCUGACAGAGCAGAACUGAGGGAGGAAGAGGAGGGGAAGAAGAGCAAGCACGAGGAAGCGCCAUCUAGUGGACGUGAGAGAGGGCUGCAUGUGGACGACCUGGAAGAGCCGCCCGUCUCCCCUGUCCCCUCCAGCGACAGCAGCCUGGACGACUUGCGUCAGUACAUCUCCUCUGAGGGGCUGUCCCUGCAGAGGGCCCGGCGCUUCCUGGAGAGGGAGAGUGGUCGUCUGAGUGAAAGACAGGCAGCGCUGCAGGAAGCCCAGGCCCACUCAAGCUCUGGUCCAGAACCAGACGCUGCCAGCCACACCCAGGCCACUCAGGAGAUAUACAGGAGCCUGAAGCAGGAGGCCAGUGAUGUGGAGGAGCUGAGGCUGGCGGUUCAGAGGGGGAACACUUUGCUGCGCAGGAAAGAGGAGAGACUCCAACAGCUGGAGAGCUCGGUGGCUGCCGAGUUAUCCCCUCAGCCCAGCUAUGAUGAACUGUCCAGACUCAUGGCUGACCGGAAGGUGGCCUUUGAUGUGACAGAAUCAGAUGUGAGCAGUGCCAGUAAUGGCCAUGACAGCCCAGGUGGUCAUCCCACAGUCCCGGCCAAGGUGCAGCAGUUAGCCGAGUCCCUCCAGCACAUCUCUGGCCAGCUCAACACUGUCCUGGGUGCCCUGACCCAACGCCAGACCCCUUACCAUCCUCUACCGCUGCCCCAGCCCCUCUCCCAGCCUCGAACCCCCACCGCCAUGCCCCUGUCUGGGCCCUCCUGGGCAUGGGUCCCCCACAGCACCUGCAGCCAGCCACGGGGCUCUGAGGACCUACUCAACAGUCGCUGGGCCAAGCUCUUCCCUGGGGCUCCUGCUCAGCCGAUAGCCAUCAGCUCAUUGAGGAACAAUGCGCUUUAUUCAGGAUACACUCCUGCAAGUGAGCAGGCUCGUAGUCUGUCGUCCUUGCAGCCUAAGUCGGUGGAGUUGGAUGGCCAGCGGUUACAGGGGCUCAUUGACGGCAACAAGAGAUGGCUGGAGACACGCAGGAGAGACCCCAACGUACCUCUGUUCACACGUUAUCGGACCGGUAAGAACGGACUGGUCCAGCUGAGCCUGGAUGACAACAACCAGAUAAAAGUAUACCAUUACUGAAGUUCCACACGGACCCAGGUUCCACACGGGCAGACAGAGAUGUACUGCUGUCGAAGAUCUAAGGACGCGUACUGCUGUCAAAGAUGGGCUGAGGGCUCAAAUCAGUUCGUAGUGCUUAAGAUCUGCAUUGUGGUGCUGUUGAAACGUUAUUUUAGUUUUUGAGCCGACAUACAUUUACGGUGAAUGUCAUCUCAAUGGUCUCAUCCAGCCGUCUCAAUGGUCUCAUCCAGCCGUCUCAUUGGUCUCAUCCAGCCGUCUCAUUGGUCUCAUCCAGCCGUCUCAAUGGUCUCAUCCAGCCGUCUCAAUGGUCUCGUCCAGCCGUCUCAUUGGUCUCGUCCAGCCGUCUCAUUGGUCUCAUCCAGCCGUCUCAGUGGUCUCGUCCAGCCGUCUCAUUGGUCUCGUCCAGCCGUCUCAUUGGUCUCAUCCAGCCGUCUCAGUGGUCUCGUCCAGCCGUCUCAGUGGUCUCAUCCAGCCGUCUCAGUGGUCUCAUCCAGCCGUCUCAGUCCUCAGUUUUAAAUCAUUCCAUUGGACUGCAUGAUGAAUGAUUGGGAAUACGAAGACCAUAGCCCUGCUUUCCUAGUCAACAGAUCUGUUUGUUUUGCAAUGUUUUAUCUGGCUAUUUAAAUAUUCCAAAGCCAAACUGCAUAGUUCAACCAUUUACGGUAAGUGCUUGAUGUCAUUAGGAGACAUGAAAGAGUUUUUACAAGUGAGAUUGUGGUUGACAAAAAUGUAUAAGCAUCGUAACAACUGAUGUUCUGUGGUAAGUGACAGAAAACUGUCCUGGUAAGUUUUUAUGAAUAAUUUUUUUCCAAGUCUGAUGUACAAUAUAUGAAGUUCAAGACAUACAUAAAUACAUACAUACUAACCACUACAAAAACAGAACAAGGACUUGUGAAGCAUUAACAGCCUCUAUGCUGAUCAGGGAAGAGAGAACAUCUCCCAAAGUGUUUACUCAGCAGAUAUGUUAAAUUACAGUAUUUUUUUUAUAAAACUAUUUUAAUAAAUGUAAAACUGGGUAUAUUCAUAA